CCCGCCCCUCGACAGCAAGCGAUCACCCAAAAAUAACAUGACCCGCGGUUCAGGCCAAUGAAGGAAGUGUGAAUCAAUUAGGACAAAUGUAUUUAAACAGAAACCUCUGAACAUUACCAUGAUGUCUUCUGGUGAAAAUGAUGUGUGCAAUCAUUUAAAGGUUAUAGUCCGUGUCCGUCCAGAGAAUUCAAGCGAACUGGAUGAAAAAUAUAGCAGAGUUGUGCAUGUCGUCGAUGAACACAUGCUUGUUUUUGAUCCAAAACUGGAAGACGUGAACUUUUUUCAUCCUACAACACAUCGUGAUUUAAACAAGAGAAGGAAUAGAGAUCUUAAAUUUAUCUUUGACCAAGUUUUUGAUGACAGUGCCUCACAAUUAGAUGUAUUUGAACAAACAAGGUCAAUAUUGGAGGGUGUUUUUAAUGGAUAUAACGGUACAGUCUUUGCAUAUGGUGCAACAGGAGCUGGAAAAACUCACACAAUGUUGGGGUCACCUAAACAGCCUGGGGUGAUGUACUUAACAAUGAUGGAAUUGUAUAAUCGAAUGGAACAGAUAAAAAGUGAGAGGAGCUGUGAUGUUGCUGUUUCAUACUUUGAGGUGUAUAAUGAGCAGAUUCGAGACCUAUUAACUAAUUCAAGAUCUCUGGCAAUGCGAGAAGAUGCACAAAAUGGAAUUGUUAUCCAGGGUUUAACUCUACACAAGCCUAAAUCUGCCGAACAGCUCCUUGCAAUGUUGGAUUACGGAAAUACAAACAGAACACAGCAUCCAACUGAUGCGAAUUCCACGUCUUCACGUUCACAUGCAGUCUUUCAGAUUUAUUUAAGACAGCAAGAUAGAACUGCAUACAUCAGCCAAAGCAUUAAAAUUGCAAAAAUGUGCCUCGUUGAUUUGGCUGGAUCUGAACGAAAUAUGAGCACAAAAGUAGCUCGCCUCAGGGAGGGUGCAAAUAUUAACCGAUCUCUUUUGGCUCUUGGCAAUGUCAUAAAUGCCUUAGCAGAUCCAAAGAGAAGAACUCAGCAUAUACCAUAUAGGAAUAGUAAACUGACUCGAAUAUUGAAGGAUUCCUUGGGAGGAAACUGCAGGACAAUAAUGAUAGUUUCAAUCAGCCCAUCUUCUAGGUGCUACGAAGACACAUACAACACUUUGAAUUAUGCCAAUCGUGCAAAAGCCAUCAAAUCAUCAUUGAAGAGCAAUGUUUUGAAUCUGGAUUGCCAUGUCAGCAAAUAUGCAAAGAUUUGUGAAGAACAAAAAAAAGAGAUCAUGGAGCUCAAACAAAAACUGAAGGAUUACAAUAAUGAAAAAUUGGUGAAUCCUAACACCCAUGGGCUAACGCUUACAGUUGGUACAGAUAUACAACAAGCAGAAAUCAAAAGAUUUAAGGAAGUUCUCAAGAAUAUCUUCAGCAAACGGCAGCAAAUCAGGAAUGAGAAUUUGGACUUGCAACUGAAGCUCAAGGAGACUGAACUGAAAUCUUAUUAUCACAAACGAGACAAUCAGCAAAUCCAACUCCUUUGCUCUGAACAGAUCGCCCAAAAGGCAUUGUGGAAACAUGAACAUCGACUUGCAAAAAUAAAUGCUCAUUGCCUGCGUAUUCAAGAGAUGAAAAAAGCUUCAGAGAAAUUGUUUGAAGAGAACAGUAGUUGGCUUCACCAGGUUGAGAGGAAAACUUGUUUGUUAAGCCAAGACAAAAAGAUGCCGCAGGUUCUUCAGCAAGAUCUACAUUGCAGUCAUUUAAAGAUGGAAGUAAUGGACUUAAAGCGACAAAUUGGGCAUAUGAUUCGAUUGCUUUCAUUCCAAGAAUCCGAGAAUAAACGAACCGAAAACCUUGUAAAUGCAUUGCUUCCUGCAUUCCGGCAUCAAUAUUAUUCAUUGAAAAAAGUUGGACAAGCAUCGGCAGCAACUGAGUCUCAGUUUAUGAGGAUAGAACAACUAGUUCAGCAAGAAAAAGGAGUGGUAUGGGCAGAUGAGACUGUGGAAUUAUCAGAAAUAACAUCGGAUGUUCAGCUCGAUUUUUCCUCCAUCAUAAGCUUCUCACAGCUUAGUUAUAACCAGGACAUACCAUGCUGUACAACAAAUACACCUUUAAGAAGCCUGCUCAAGAAUCGUGUAGCACUCCAAAGGGACAGUCCUUUUGUUCAAAUAAAAGCUACUUCUGUGGAAUCAAAGGAAAAUAUUUUAUCUGAAAGAAAUAAAGAAAUAGCAACUCCUUAUAAAUCUUUCCGACGAAGGCUGGAGGAAUCACUAAUAAAUUGUAGCGAUCAACCUAAUCAAAGUACUGCAAAGAACUACUCACACCUUGCUCAACUGAAUGAUAGCCUCUCAAAGGAAGUAAUAGCUCUUCAGUGGACACCAGAGAUUUGCAAGUCGCAGACUGUGCAACGUCCUUCUUCACUGAGUGACUCAAAACCACAUUCCCAAAUGACAAACUUUCACGGAGAGGAGGAGGAGGAGGAGGACGGUAAUUUGAGUGACACAGAGAAUUCUAUCUCCAGAACGAGCAGGAAUCUAACGAAUGUUACAUAUAACUUGACAGCAGGAUGUAAUCGAGCUGUCAUGGACACAACAGUGACUCUGAACCCAGCUGUGAAUAAUCCAGACUGUAGCAAGCCUGUCGAUGUAUCACACGAGCAUUCCUGGCCCCAUGGAAGCUUUCUGCAAAGGUUGGGUUUCCAGUCAUUGCUAAAUGAGAGUGCAGCACUCAGCAAGCCUUCGUACAUGGGUUUGACUUGUGCUGCCAGGCGAAAAAGGAAAUCUGAAAGUUUCAAAGCUCCAAGAAACGACAACAGUUUUGCAGCAAAGCGCAUUCGUCAGGAUAUGCAACCCAUUGCAGAAAGUGUAGCCUUGCGUGUACCAAGAUUGCCAGAGGGAUCACAAUACCAGAGAAAAGAAUUUCCAGCUAGAAGGUGUGUUAAAAAAGAUCUCAAUGCUAUCUCAACAAAUAAAGACCAACCAAAACGUGUGAAAUCUAAACUGCUAUAAAAGAGCAGAAAUGGGCUACAAACUUUGUACAGUCUUAUUGUAGAGUACUUAUUGUUUCACCCACAAAACAUAUAGUCACUACACUUUACAGUGUAUCCUGU